AUGAAAGGAAUUUGUCGACGAAGAUGUACGCUGACUAGAAUAGAAGCGCACAAAACCCAAACAAAACCUGAUAUUUCUAAUAAUGAUGGCGUUGACAGCGUGGAAUUGUGUACGAGGACCUACCUUAACUUGAUGGGCGCUGAUGAAGAAGAAUUUGGCGAAGAAUUUAACUUUGGUAAUGAAGCUUAG